AUGCGGGCAACUCUGAAAGGUCCCAAGAGAAGGCUUGUGGACUUCUUUGCAAAAUUCCAGGAUGCCCCCGCAAGGCCCCAUCAAACUUUAAGAGAGACCGUGGAGAGAGCUAGGUCCCAGAAGGACUUUCUCAAAGGGAGGAACGAGGAAUAUGUCUUUCCUUUCACCUACCAGGGAUCUGUUUACUUCACUUGCACCAAAAGGCUUCGCUUGUCCCCUUGGUGUGCCACCAGAGCAGUGUACAGUGGCCAAUGGAAGUACUGCUGGAGUGAAGAUUGCCCACGCUGUAUCUUCCCUUUCAUCUAUUGAGGAAAGGUCUAUAACAGCUGCAUCUCCCAGGGGAGCUUCUUAGGCAGUCUGUGGUGCUCAGUCACCUCCAUCUUCGAUGAGCAACAGCAGUGGAAAUUCUGUGAAACCAGUGAGUAUGGGGGAAAUUCUCUCGGCAAGCCCUGCGUCUACAGAAAUAACCUGGUCUCUGAUUGCAUGGAGGAUGAAAGCAACAAGCUCUGGUGCCCGACCACGGAGAACACAGAUAAGGAUGGAAAGUGGAGUUUCUGCGCUGACACCAGGGGGGAGAAACAUCUUCAGAGGAAGACCACGACAUUGAGGCUGAACACGGCUUUGUCUUUUUCAUUGCAUCUUUCAAGCUUAAACAAACACCUUUAGAAAAACCCUCUGUACCACCUUGUUCAAUCACCUGGUCCUUUGAGAAGAAUUUAGAGAGAAUGCAGUAUUAACCAGCAAUAAAGGAAUCCUGAUUUAA